AUGGUUAAUUUAACAAAUAAUGAUGAAGAAUGUGCUUCUAAUGAACUGGAAAAUGUUCUUUUUAAAAAGGAAAAAAUACAAAGACUAAAGUUUCAAUUGAAAAGUUCUAAAGAUGGGAUUCUGCUCAACAUCCAUCAUACCGUUUCUCAAAACGGUCAAGUAAUACGAAUUAGGUUUAUUACGGCGUGUUUCAGUCAUAGUAACGAAAGAUUUAUCGCAGUUGAUCAUAGGUGUAAUUUGUUCGUGUUUGACUUUACCUCGUGCGCUUAUUGGGUUCUCUCGAAUCUUAUGCAAGGUAUCGUGUGUAUCGAGAAUAUUCCUAGAACAAACGAGUUUAUUCUAGGGAACAAGGAAGGCUUGCUAUUAGUUUUCGAUUCAGACACGGGCACUGUACUAAUGCGGUUAAAAGCUCACAACACGCCAAUCGAGCGAAUAUCCUUCCCAUUCUGGUCCCAAUCCAGGUCAGGACGCCCACAAAAGCCAAAGCUACAAACAGAGAAGUCAACCGUUACGGGACAAAGAGCUAAACCGAGCAAAGCUGAACCAUCGAUGCUCUUUCUCGUUACAACACAGGACUGUGCCAUGCUGUACAAUGUGCGAAAUUUCGUUCGAGUGCAUCAAUUGAAUUACGGAAAGGCAGAUGCACUGAAACGAAUCGAUCAGCUCCAGUGGAUUCCAAAGACGGACGCCCUUUUGCUCGGUUGUGGACUCGAUGGCAUGCUGCAAAUUUGGAAUUCCGAGCUCAAACUGGUCCGUGAACUGAACUUGAAGAAGAUGAAAGAUAAUUACCUUAAAAAGUUCUGCCCUAUGGUAAUCCCCGGGAACAUUACGGAUGAAGGUGACCUGUGUGAUCAAGGAGAUUCCUCCCGGGUCGAAAUCGAACGAGUUAUCCGAAGCAUGACCAGUAAUGGACAAGGUUCAAGAUUCGUAAAAACCGCCCGAUUCGCUGGAAAGCUGCUUCUGCUUCAUUGCGUGGACAAUUCUCUGGUUGUAGUUUCAAGUGAUGCCUGGCAGAUAUGCAAAGUACUAGUUUUUACCAAUUUGUUCAUUACGCACUUUGAUGUGCUCGGACACGUGGAACAGAAUUCGGCUGCAGGGCAUGAAUUGGUCGUUGUAGUGAAAACUGUCGACAGUGAUUUGUGUCUAAUGAAUUUAGAGGACGGCACUAGACGCUGCAUUGUCCGCGGGCCGGAAAACAAAUGCUAUAAAUUCCUCCCCUCCCGAAAUGGGAAAAUGCUGACCAAUGUGUUGAAAAGCGGGCAAGUUUUGCUCCAUAAUUUGGAAUUCCAUUCGUGUGCCCUGAAAGCGAAUAAAUUACAACAUUUGGCAACAGGAAAGACACACCCGCGACCAUUGAAAACAGCAACGGCCAGCAGGGCAGCGGUGAACUGUAAUUUAGCUUCACAAUCCAGUGGGGGCUCUCUGUACAACAGCAGCUCCGGAAUGACGACUUCCGCUCAGGCAGUGACUACCGGACAAAGCACGUCCGUUUUCCGGAAGGAGAGCAAGCUUAAAACAGACAGACGACUCGAGGAUAUUCACGAUAAGAUUUCGAAAACUCUCGUCAAAAGCCGGCUGCUUCCCAUACUGAAGGAAUUUGGAGAGUACCCGGAAAAGCAUCGAGCCCCAAUUUGGCGCGCGUUGUUGGAGCUGCCACAGAACGUCGAUUGUUUCAACGCACUCCUGCUGCGAGGGAACCAUCCGUGCGUGGAGGAUUAUGAUCGGAAGUUUGCCAGCCUGGAAGUACGGACCGUUCGGAAUGUGAAAAAAACUGUUUCCUGCCUGGCUCACUGGUCAGCAGUUUUUGCCCAAUGUGACUUUGUGCCUUUUUUCGUGCAACCCUUCGUGAGGAUGUUCCCGAAUGAUUCGUUGCUGUGUUUUGAGCUGGUGGCCACUAUUCUGCUCAACCAGGGACAACUGUGGUUCGAGUACGCCCCACUGGAACCGAUGAAUUAUUUGGGCCUGGUUGAGAAUGUCCUGUGCGAGUAUGAGCCUAGUUUGAUGAAUGUUUAUCGCGAGCGCAAUAUAUCUUCGCGAGUCUAUGCCCUGACGAUGAUGGAAACGGCUUUCGCGGCAAAUUUCAAUGUCAGUCAAUGGACGCAGCUGUGGGAUCAUGUGCUCUCGAACGAAUCCUAUUUCGUGAUAUUUUUCAUCGUUGCUUACAAUGCCGCUCACCGGGCAACCAUCAUGACUUGUGCCACCGAAGGGGAAGUGGAAGCUUUUUUCCGCGAACCGGCGUUGAUCAGUAUCAACAAGCUGCUGAAAAGGACGUACGACGUAAUGGACCGCUGCCCUGAGAACGUUCCAAAGUACUAUAUGAAGUCGUUCGUCUCCCUCGGUGGGGUGGCCAAACGCACUAAUUUAGAUGGGCGCCAACGGAGUUAUGAACCCAAUCAGGCGCGAAAGCGUGAUGAGAACCGGGCCAGAAGCACGUAUAGCAAAUUUAGCAAUUUUCCCAAGCAAUUUGUCGAUACUCGGGUGGGCGAAAUGGAUUCGCUGAAAGCGCAACAGGAGCGACUGGAAGCGAAGAUUGUGACGAUGGAGAAAUUAGAACAUUCCUUGAAAAAGCGAAUGAUGGAUGGACUGGUACAGGAGGAGCACGACAAACGGAUGAGAGAAGUCGAAACGAAGUACGAGGAAGCGCUGGCAACUGAGGAGCAGCGAAUUGCAAUGCAACGAAAGCUGCUGCUGCUGCACAAGAAACAUCUCCGGGAUCAGGAGAACGAGGCACUGCUGGAGAGCAGGAAUGCGCAACUUCGGAAAAAUACCGCAGCUCGGGAAUUUGAGCUUACAACGCUGCUGAGGACACUGCAGUACGAGCGACAGCGUGAGGAGACCGACCUCAUGUCCGCCGAGGAAGACAUGAAGCACCGUGAGAUGGCGCUGAUGGCGCGGUUGUACUCUGGCACAAACACGAAAUUAGUGGACGAUCGAUCUUUGGAACAGCGAUACCAACAGGCCAUCCAACAGUUGGACCGCCAGAAGCAGAAGCUUUACGAGGACAUUGAGCGGGUAACAUAUUAUGACACCAGUCAUGGGUACUCGAGUGCCCUUUUCGAUAAUGGAUCUAGUGAUGGGAAACACUCCACAGCAUCAUCAGACAGGUCCAGACUUUCGAAACAAAGUAAGCUUAAGGACUAUGAAUCGAAAAUACAGCAUCUUACAAAACAAUUGGACAUACUUCGCAGAGCCCAUCCAGAAGAAUGUACACAGUGAACUUUGAAAUUGCGACAAAGAAAUCAACUAGAAUGAAUACAAAAUUAUGCGUUUACCUUCAUAUACCUAAAAACAUUAAAUAAAAAUCAUCUUCAAACAAAUACUAAUUACAGCAAUGUUCAAAAAAGCAGUGACAAAAUUGAAUCUUUCAAAAAUAUCAUUUAAAAUAAAGUACAUUCUUCAGAUGAGUCGCUGAACAUAAUACAUUAGGGUGUUUCAACCACCAACAAUUUGAACAAUUUGUCAUCAAAUACCGCAACAUACAGCCCGGAUACAAAUACGAGCAAUAAACAAUGUUAAACUUGUGAUAUUUAU